AUGCUUCGUCGCAGCAGUGUCGGUCUGUUCCGCCGGACGCCUAUUCGCCGCAGCGGCGGUGAGUUGUUUGUCCGCCCCACACUCGACCAAAUCCCACCGGCAGAGGAAUGCAAGGGGUUCUUCGGUCAUUUGAAUGGCUCGCUAAAGUUUCUUCGGUUUGUGGACAUCAAGUGGAUGAUGAACCGUGCCGUGGCAAUGCGGCGGGAGUACCUCAUCGCUGCCCCUACGUUGUACGCAUUCCUAUGGAUGUUCUCGUGGAAGGGGGAAAUGAUGUACUUCUGGGGUGAACGUGCCCCGCCCCGUCAAAUGGACUGGAAUACGGAACAGACGGGAUAUCUUCCGCCCGAUUUUAAGCCAACCGUCGUGAAAAGGUCCAUUUAG